GUCAGUCAGUGUGAACCUUAUUUGAAAAUGCAACCUUUUUCCUUAGAUCCUAACAACACGAAAAAAAUCUCCAUGUUUUGAUUUAUUACUGCUAUUCAAGCAACCAGAGUUGCUUUGAAGGGUCGGAGGUGACAAAGAGCAUGUUUAGUGCCUCAAGAAAGAAAUUUAUGGAGGGGCUUGAUAAUGACUAUCCAGAUGACAGCAUGUACUACAGCCAACCAUCGAUUUUCACACAUCGAUCUGAGAAAGACAUGCUGGCAUCUUCAUCUCCUUCAUCAUCGGGUCAGCUGUCACAGCUGGGUGCAAGUUUAUAUGGCUCGCAAAAUGCGCUAGGCUUCCCGAUGAGGGGGAUGAACAACAACAACCCGCAACUCAAUCGCAACUUAGCACAAAGCACGCAGUUAAAUAGUCAUGGCACACCCACCAGUGGUGUCCCGUCAAUGUCCCUCCAUACUACAACCUCACCGAGUAGGGGGAUUUUGCCAAUGAACACGAGGAACAUGAUGAAUCAUUCGCAGGUGGGGCAAAGCAUAUCGAUGAGUGGACGGAGUAACAGCAUGAGCAGCUCUGGCCUGGGAAGCCCAAACCGCAUCUCACCCAGCAUCAUCUGCAUGCCCAAACAGCAGCAGGCCAGGCAGCCGCUCACCAUCAGCAGUAUGUCAGGGUUUGGAAUGGGACGGAAUCCUGCGUUUGGUUUAAGCAAUUCGUUCUCAAGUAGCAUCUUUAAUGGAAUGGACGGGAGUGAAAACGUGACUGGGCUGGACCUGUCCGAUUUUCCUGCCUUAGCCGAUAGGAGUCGAAGAGAAGGAAGUGGCAAUCCGACCCCACUGCUCAACCCACUGGCUGGGAGGGCUCCAUAUGUUGGAAUGGUCACAAAGCCGACACACGAGCCUUCCCAAGACUUCUCCAUCCACAAUGAGGACUUUCCUGCACUUCCUGGACCCAACUAUAAGGAUCCCACAUGUAGUAUCGAGGAUAGCAAAUCGAACUUAAACUCGUCUGGUAAAAACGUGUCUAACACAGAUGGUCCCAAGUUCCCUGGAGACAAGAGCUUGACGACACAGAACAACAAUCAUCAGAAGAAAGGAAUUCAGGUGCUACCUGAUGGCCGAGUGACGAACAUUCCAUCUGGGAUGGUGACAGAUCAGUUUGGGAUGAUUGGCUUGUUAACGUUUAUUCGGGCAGCGGAGACAGACCCGGGCAUGGUGCACUUAGCGCUGGGCAGUGACCUGACGACGCUUGGGCUCAACCUAAACUCACCAGAAAACCUUUACCCCAAGUUUGCCUCUCCUUGGGCCUCCACACCUUGUCGGCCUCAAGAUAUCGACUUUCACGUUCCAUCAGAAUAUUUAACCAACAUUCACAUCAGAGAUAAGCUUGCUGCAAUAAAACUCUCACGAUACGGAGAGGACCUGCUCUUCUACCUUUACUACAUGAACGGUGGAGACCUUCUGCAGCUCUUAGCAGCAGUAGAACUUUUCAAUCGGGACUGGAGGUACCAUAAAGAGGAAAGGGUGUGGAUCACGCGAGCACCAGGAAUGGAACCUGCGAUGAAGACCAACACUUAUGAAAGGGGGACGUACUACUUCUUCGACUGUCUUAACUGGAGAAAAGUAGCCAAGGAAUUUCACCUAGAGUAUGACAAACUUGAAGAGCGGCCGCAUGUACCGUCCACGUUCAACUACAACCCGGCCCAGCAGGCCUUCUGAGAGACUUUCAGCUCAUGGAGGGGGGUGUGGCUUGACUUGGCACAACACUCACUGAAAAUACAGGUGCUAGCUGUGGCUCUGGCAUCCUUUUUUUAUUUAAAAUUUUAUUCUACUGCAAUCUGGAAAAACAGACUCAGGAGCUCUGCUGUUCAGAGUUGGGUUCCUACCUCCACAAUAGCGUGCUGCACAAAAUAUUUUUCUUUGGCCCUUUUGUUGUUUUUAAUUCCUGUCCUUCAAGUGCACACUGAAAAAGAAUGACAGAUAGACCUGCAAAAAAACAAUCAAACAGAACUAAAAACAUUAUGGUAUAAAGCCUAGAAGAGAUUGCAAUGUUUAUGGUAGCUCUAUUUGGUUAAAAAAAAGGGUCAGCUUAUGUGCAUAUUUUAUUAUUAAGACCGUUUCAGAGGCUACUGUCUUAAAAGAAUUUUAAUUUCUAUUGUUUGUAUUCAGCAAUUCGAUAUAACUACUGCCUUUCACUUCCCUGCCCCAUUAUUAGUUUCUGAUUGCUCAAGAAUAGCCUUUACUGAACGAAUGAACAAUGAAAACACUGUCUGGUCUUUGUUACAAUUUUGUAAUAAGAGUGUAUUUUUUUCUUUUUGGAAAUCAUGUGAAGAAGCAUAUGUAUGUGCAUAUCAGAAGUAAAAAAAAAAAAAAAAUCGCUGCCCUGUUGUACCUCAUUUUUAAGAGGUCAGCAUGGAUGCAAUAUGUGGGGGGAAAAAACUGGACUUUGCUGGAGCUGCUAGUCUAGUGGACCAUACGCUGGCAUCCUGUACACCACUAAUAAUGAGACUAAACUAAAGGGCCAGAUUUUGAGUGAACCAAGGACAUCCACAGCCUUAUGACUGAGGGGAGGAGAAAUAGUUACAGGAAGACUGUGGCACUUCACCAGCUGUUUUCAACAAAAGAAACCCAAUAAAAAAAAUAAUUAUGGUUACA